AAGGGGUGGGACGUGAGAGAAUUGCCCUUCCCGGUUGGACAAGAGAGAGUGGCUCACGCAAGUGUCAAAGAGACUCUUCCAAGUUCCGAAAUUGGAUGCAUUCAAUUAAUUUGGCAGAAAGGGGUUCAUACACGAUUGCCAUUUGUAAGGAAAACAUCGCGUUCAGAGGUGCUGGUCAGAGCCACGAGGGGGCAAUGUCUGGCAGCAGUGGUGCUGCCAACAGCAGUAGCUGGACUGUCCUCACAGCUGAGGAGACUGUUGCUGAGACACUGAGGCCUGUAGCGGAGGGAACAGAACACCAUGAAGAAACACCCAGUCAUACUGCUGCAGAGAAACCUACAGGUACACCCAGUCAUACUGCCGCAGAGAAACCUACAGGUACACCCAGUCAUACUGCUGCAGAGAAACCUACAGAGAGUAGGCCUGGGGAGGAUGCCGUGUCUGCUGAAGAGUCUCACUCUGUGAAGCUACAGCAGGAGACCCAGGAAACACAACCAGAGAGGGACAAGGAUUACACCCCUGUUGUAGAGAGUCCCACCCAUGACCUUCCUUUUGACCCUGCCCCUGACUCCACCCCUGCCCUCGACUCCACCUCUGCUAGUGUUGCUCCUCUGAGCUCUCUGUUAGAAGUCCCCGCCCCCACAGGGCUUGACUCAGAUACACACAGCCAAUCCAGAAGCCUCCCUGGGAACCCAGCCCCUCCCAUCUCUGACCCUGAUUCGUUCUCUGACUCCUACACCCACAUUCGCUCCUCCCCCGACCUUGAAGAGCCCCCAGCCUUGCUGCUCAACACUGAGCCACCGGAAGAGGUGGGGCUUGUACAGGAAGCGGAGGGGUAUAUACAGGAUGUGCAUCAUCAUUAUGAGGAGGGGCUUGGGCAGGAAGAGGAGGAGUCUGAUCUGUCUGAGGUCAGGGCCAAGACAGACUCUCAUCUGGAAGGGGAAGUGGUGGGGGAGGAGGAGGAAGGGGUGUCAGGGGUGAGGAGGAGGCGGGGGUCUCUCCUGGCAGCUCUGGAGCGGAUCGGGAGGAAGGAGGAGGAAGAGGAGGAGGAGGAUGAGUUCCGGAUUCCGCAGCAGAGGGAGCAAGAGGAGACUGGUUUCUCUCUCAACAAGUGCAUCCUAGGAGCUGUCAUACUGCUGGGCCUCGGAACCAUCUUCUUCUCAGGUGUCUUCAUGGACCUGGAUGAUGAGGGGGACUAUGAUGCCAGGGACCUGAGAGAAACAGAGGUGGUGGGAAAACAGGAAUGGCUGAAUCCUGAGGUUCCUCUUCCACCACCUGUAGAAGUUGACAGUACAGACCAACUGAAUAAACUGGCUAAAGAAGACCCACGGAUAGCUGUACUGCAAGCCCAACUCCUGGCACAGAAAGAGGAGAUAAAAGUAGCACAGAAGGAGGCGGAGGAUGGAGGGAAGGAGAGAAAGAAGAGGGAGGAGGUGGAGAAGGAGCACGGUAGGAUGAAGAGAGAGAUGAUGUCGCUCCCUGUCCUUCAGAAGGAGAACGAGAGGAUGAAGAGAGAGCUGGAGUCUGUUCCUGUCUUACAGAAGGAUCUAGAGACACUCAGAGCCACAGUGACUGAACUAAAACACAGCACAGCCAAGGAUGCAGCUCCAUCUCCAGUCUCUGCCUCUGUCCAGCCCCCCUCUGGCCAAGCUGGGGAUGACAGCCAGAACACAGCAGGAACGAUGGAGAGGGAGGGCAAGAAACCAGGGAAGGGAGUGAAAAAAGAGUUGAAGGAAGAGGAGACUGAUUGGAAUAAGGGAGGGAAGACUGAUUGGAAUAAGGGAGGGAAGACUGAUUGGAAUAAGGGAGGGAAGACUGAUUGGAAUAAGGGAGGGAAGACUGAUUGGAAUAAGGGAGGGAAGACUGAUUGGAAUAAGGGAGGGAAGACUGAUUGGAAUAAGGGAGGGAAGACUGAUUGGAAUAAGGGAGGGAAGACGGAUUGGAAUAAGGGAGGGAAGACGGAUUGUAAUAAGGGAGGGAAGACGGAUUGUAAUAAGGGAGGGAAGACGGAUUGUAAUAAGGGAGGGAAGACGGAUUGUAAUAAGGGAGGGAAGAAGGAUUGGAAUAAGGGAGGGAAGACUGAUUGGAAUAAGGGAGGGAAGAAGGAUUAUAAGGUUGAAAAAGAGUGGAGAAGUGGAAAAUAUGACCAGGAGAAAGAAGGAAAAGAGUGGAAGAAGAAAGAAGACAAGAAGGGAGAAUGGAAGAAAGAUAAAUCUAGCAGAGGGGAUGAGGGCAAACCAUGGAAAGACAGAGGAAACAAGAUGGAAUGGAAGGAGAAGAGGGAGAAAAAAGACUGGAAGGUGGAGAAAGAUUGGAAAAAGGAAACACCUGAAAGAUGGAGUGAUAGCAAGGAGUGGAAGAAAGGCAAGGAUGAGCGGAAGGGAAAAGAGACCAAUCAAAAGAAAGGUUGGAAUGAGGGCAGGGAUGAGUGGAAGGGAGAGAAGGAUGACUAUAAGGACCUUGGCAAAGGAUGGAAGGAGAGAGGAGAGAAAAAGGAGUGGAAGGGAGAGAAAGAUUGGACAAAGAAAGACAUCAGUAAAGAGUGGAAGAGUAAGGACAACAGGAGAGAAAAUGAGUGGUCUGAUGGAAAUAGAAAGAUGGAAGGAGUGAAGGAGGAGAGAAACGGUGGGAACUGGAAAAAGGACAGAGGGAAUGACCAGUACGAGAAGGACCACCACCACCACUACUCUAAGGAAGGGCAGAAAGAGAGAGAGAGGAGAAGGAGAGAAAAGGGCCCUCCCCAAACUCACCGAAGACCCCCCCUUGAGCAACCUGACUACUGGAGCCACCAGAGAGAACGACUGCAGCACAAACCCAACCCUCAAACCCACUGCAGUUCAGUGGAGGCCUGCGCCCAGGAAGAGGGGCUGCUCCCUGUCACCAUGCCAGAGUUUGAGGCCCUGCUCCUGGGUUACUUGGUCAAGGCAGAGAGGGUGGGGGUGGAGGCCUCCAAGAGGGAGGAGCUCAGUAAGCUAACCAAGGAGUUCUUCAGUGACGGAGUGUUCGUUCACGACCAGAUGAGCUUCAAGGACUUUGUGGAGGAUGUGGAUGACAUCUUAGAGGAUAUGGUGGAGGAUGAGGAGGUAGAGGAGGAGAUGGAUAACUUUGAGGAAGAGGCAAUGAACAGGUUUUCAGUUCCAGGGGGAGGAGAGAGGGAGAAGUGGAAGAAGGAUAGUGGGAGAGGACGGGUGUGAUGGAGUGAGAAAGGGAGUCAACGCAUGUCAGGAGGAGCGGAAAGAUAAAGGUGGAGGAAAAUAGAUGGAUGUGCUGCAAGGUAGAAUUUAGGAGGAGCAACACACAUAUACAUACUGCUCCAAAAAAUAAAGGGAACACUAAAAUAACACAUCCUAGAUCUGAAUUAAUUAAAUAUUAGUAAAUACUUUUUUCUUUACAUAGUUGAAUGUGCUGACAACAAAAUUACACAAAUUAUCAAUGGAAAUCAAAUUUAUCAACCCAUGGAGGUCUGGAUUUGGAGUCACACUCUAAAUUAAAGUGGAAAACCACACUACAGGCUGAUCCAAAUUUGAUGUAAUGUCCUUAAAACAAGUCAAAAUGAGGCUCAGUAGGGUGUGUGGCCUCCACGUGCCUGUAUGACCUCCCUACAACGCCUGGGCAAGCUCCUGAUGAGAUGGCGGAUGGUCUCCUGAGGGAUCUCCUCCCAGACCUGGACUAAAGCAUCUGCCAACUCCUGGACAGUCUGUGGUGCAACGUGGCGUUGGUGGAUGGACAUGAUGUCCCAGAUGUGCUCAAUUGGAUUCAGGUCUGGGGAAUGGGCGGGCCAGUCCAUAGCAUUAAUGCCUUCCUCUUGCAGGAACUGCUGACACACUCCAGCCACAUGAGGUCUAGCAUUGUCUUGCAUUAGGAGGAACCCAGGGCCAACCGCACCAGCAUAUGGUCUCACAAUGAGUCUGAGGAUCUCAUCUUGGUGCCUAAUGGCAGUCAGGCUACCUCUGGCGAGCACAUGGAGGGCUGUGCGGCCCCCCAAAGAAAUGCCACCCCACACCAUGACUGACCCACCGCCAAACCGGUCAUGCUGGAGGAUGUUGCAGGCAGCAGAACGUUCUCCACGGCGUCUCCAGACUCUGUCACGUCUGUCACAUGUGCUCAGUGUGAACCUGCUUUCAUCUGUGAAGAGCACAGGGCGCCAGUGGCGAAUUUGCCAAUAUUGGUGUUCUCUGGCAAAUGCCAAACGUCCUGCACGGUGUUGGGCUGUAAGCACAACCCCCACCUGUGGACAUCGGGCCCUCAUUACCACCCUCAUGGAGUCUGUUUCUGACCGGUUGAGCAGACACAUGCACAUUUGUGGCCUGCUGGAGGUCAUUUUGCAGGGCUCUGGCAGUGCUCCUCCUGCUCCUCCUUGCACAAAGGCGGAGGUAGCGGUCCUGCUGCUGGGUUGUCACCCUCCUACGGCCUCCUCCACAUCUCCUGAUGUACUGGCCUGUCUCCUGGUAGCGCCCCCAUGCUCUGGACACUACACCGACAGACACAGCAAACCUUGCCACAGCUCGCAUUGAUGUGCCAUCCUGGAUGAGCUGCACUACCUGAGCCACUUGUGUGGGUUGUAGACUCAGUCUCAUGCUACCACUAGAGUGAAAGCACCGCCAGAUUUCAAAAGUGACCAAAACAUCAGCCAGGAAGCAUUGGAACUGAGAAGUGGUCUGUGGUCACCACCUGCAGAACCACUCCUUUAUUGGGGGUGUCUUGCUAAUUGCCUAUAAUUUCCACCUGUUGUCUAUUCCAUUUCCACAACAGCAUGUGAAAUUUAUUGUCAAUCAGUGUUGCUUCCUAAGUGGACAGUUUGAUUUCACAGAAGUGUGAUUGGCUUGGAGUUACAUUGUGUUGUUUAAUUGGUCCCUUUAUUUUUUUGUGCAGUGUAUAUACUACCGUUCAAAAGUUUGGGGUCAUUUAGAAAUGUCCUUGUUUUUGAAAAAAGUACUUUUUUGCGGGUCUUUUAAAAAUAAGAUUGAUCAGAAAUACAAUGUAGUCAUUGUUAGUGUUGUAAAUUACUAUUGUAGCUGGAAACUGCUGAUUUUUUUAUGGAAUAUCUACAUAGGCGUACAGAGGCCCGUUUUCAGCAACCAUCACUCCUGUGUUCCAAUGGCACGUUGUGUUAGCUAAUCCAAGUUGAUCAUUUUAAAAGGCUAAUUGAUCAUUAGAAAACAUUAGUGUCUAGUUUGAGAAACGGAUGCCUCGCAAGUCCUCAACUGGCAGCUUCAUUAAAUAGUACCCGCAAAACACCAGUCUCAACGUCAACAGUGAAGAGGCGACUCCGGGAUGCUGGCCUUCGAGGCAGAGUUGCAAAGAAAAAGCCAUAUCUCAGACUGGCCAAUAAAAAUAAAAGAUUAAGAUGGGCAAAAGAACACAGACACUGGACAGAGGAACUCUGCCUAGAAGGCCAGCAUCCCAGAGUCGCCUCUUCACUGUUGACGUUGAGACUGGUGUUUUGUGGGUGCUAUUUAAUGAAGCUGCCAGUUGAGAACUUGUGAGCCGUCUGUUUCUUAAACUAGACACUUCAAUGUACUUGUCCUCUUGCUCAGUUGUGCACCGGGGCCUCCCACUCCUCUUUCUAUUCUGGUUAGGGCCAGUUUGCGCUGUUCUGUGAAGGGAGUACACAGCGUUGUACGAGAUCUUCAGUGUCUUGGCAAUUUCUCGCAUUGAAUAGCAGUCAAUUCUCAGAACAAGAAUAGACUGACGAGUUUUAGAAGAAAGCACUUUGUUUCUGGCCAUUUUGAGCCUGUAAUCACAAAUGCUGAUGCUCCAGAUACUCAACUAGUCUAAAGGCCAGUUUUAUUGCUUCUUUAAUCAGUACAAUAGUUUUCAACUGUGCUAACAUAAUUGCAAAAGGGUUUUCUAAUGAUUAAUUAGCCUUUUAAAAUUGAAUUAGCUAACACAGGAGUGAUGGUUGCUGAUAAUGGGCCUCUAUACGCCUAUGCAGAUAUUCCAUAAAAAAUCAGCCGUUUCUAGCUACUAGUCAUUUACAACAUUAACAAUGUCUACACUGUAUUUCUGAUCAAUUUAUUUUAAAGGACAAAAAAUUUGCUUUUCUUUCAUAAACGAGGGCAUUUCUAAGUGACCCCAAACCUUUGAACGGAUAUAUAGAUAUAUGUUAUACACACACACACACAGUUUUGUAUAUCUAACCUUGUAUAACUAAUCCAUUCAAAAUCCUGUACCCUAACAUUAAUCCUUAAACCUAGCUUCUAACCCCAAAACUAAACCUAGCUCCUAACCCCAAAACUAAACCUAGCUCCUAACCCUGAACUUAAUUCUAACCAUAACACCAAUUCUAACCUUAACCCUAAACCCCCUAGAAAUAGCAUUUGAUCUUGGGGACUAACAAAAUGGCCCCAGUUGGUCAAAUUUGUUUGUUGACUAUUCUUGUGGGGACUUCUGGUCCCCACAAAUAUAGUGAAACUCGUCCACACACACACACACACACACACUAUCUACUAAUGUCUUUAAUCUUAUGCUAUUUUCCAUUUCAACAGUUUAAAAGUCUGAAUGAAUAAUGUAUUACACCCAAACACUCACACCUCAGGCAUUCAUUUCAGAGGGAUCUGUGAAGUUGUUGAUGGGAGUAGAGAGAGAGACUAGCAGGCCAGUGGCACUGAGGAAACAGAGGUCCGUCCAGCAGUCUUAACAUAGCUAGUCGGAGGGGACUAGAACUUGUCUCGCAAUGGCCAAUCCCAAAUCAGCCCCUCGCCUAACCUCUUACUGUCCCCAAGCACAUAGGAAACCAAACCACCCAGGAUCGCUAGCCUAGAAAAGUGAUGUAACACUUGUCUGUUUCAUAAAUAGGAGUGUGUUUCCGCUGUAGAUUACACUAUGCAUUGUGCACUGCCAAGUUAACCCUUUCACUGGUGGCAUGUAGCGUUGGUAGCUUUCAUUCAUGUCAAUCAUUUCUGUUAACUUAUUUAUUAAUAACUUUAUUUUUGUUUGUGAGACGUGGUCUUUAAAAGUCAUUAAAGGAUAUAUUUACAAAGUGACUGAAGUACUGAGGAGGAGUGAAUGUAUCGUGAUGGUGAUGCAGGUCUUUAUUUUCAUGGUAAUGUUCAACAGGUUGUAAAUAGUGCACUAAAACACCACACACUUACAAACUAUUUGAAUGAUAUAUUCUGUAUAAAUGUCAGAAGGCACAUUAACUUGCUUUGGAGACCAUGUAAUAUGAUGACCAUGUGCAUCCAUCCCUUUGGAUAAAGAGGGAAUGUAUUGAAAACACUAAAACGUCUUUACUUUUGGUUAUGUUGCAACUGUUAUUAUGAAGCAAAAUGCUCAUGGCACUUAAGAUAAGGAUUGUCUUCAGGAAAGAAAACAGUUGGAUGUUGUGGUGCAACUACUUUACACUCCUGUAUUUACUUAAAUAGUAGAAUGAUCAUUAGAAUAUCCACCUAAUGACAACUUAUUAUUUAAAAAAAGUUAAUUUUAAGAGUUUCUAAUUCUGUUGAAUUCUUUGAGAUAAGUACCAAAAGGUAUGACUGUUACCAUAGUUUCAUAGUAAAUACCUGGUAGAUACCAGAUGAAGCAGGGCUGUAAAAUCAAGUCUGACUGAUGCCCUAUGUUUACAUGAUGGUAACUGUGUAAGUCUGAUGAUUGACAAGCCCAGAUCCACUCAUUAAAACAUUGAUUGAACGGACAUUCAAGUUGAACCACGUGGGCUUACAGAGGCAUCGUUGAAAACUCCACUUUGUGUGAUUUAAAUGUGCAAAUGUAACAUGGUACGAUUGUGAUAAAAGCAACCUAAUAAAUGAAGCUUUGACCUUCUGAAGAA